GCGCAGUGGGCGUCCGAUAGGCCGUUGCUGUUGGAGCGGGAACACGCAUAGUGGUUGACUGACAGCAGAACGUCUCUCACAUUUACUGAUCGUACAGCUGAAAUAACAGCAGGACGGGAUGCCUCGAGAAAUCAUCACCCUGCAGCUCGGACAGUGCGGGAACCAGAUUGGUUUUGAGUUUUGGAAGCAGUUGUGUGCUGAGCAUGGCAUCAGUCCAGAGGGCAUCGUAGAGGAGUUUGCCACUGAAGGCACUGACCGGAAAGAUGUCUUCUUCUAUCAGGCAGAUGAUGAGCACUAUAUUCCUCGUGCUGUGCUGCUUGACCUGGAGCCCAGAGUCAUCCACACCAUCCUGAACUCCCCUUAUGCCAACCUGUACAACCCGGAGAACAUCUACCUGUCUGAGCACGGCGGAGGAGCUGGAAACAACUGGGCCAGUGGCUUCUCUCAGGGAGAGAAAAUCCACGAGGACAUCUUUGACAUUAUCGACCGAGAGGCAGAUGGCAGUGACAGUCUGGAGGGGUUUGUGCUUUGCCACUCUAUUGCCGGAGGCACAGGAUCAGGUCUGGGAUCUUACCUACUUGAACGACUGAAUGACAGGUAUCCUAAAAAACUGGUUCAGACCUAUUCGGUCUUUCCUAACCAGGAUGAGAUGAGUGAUGUUGUCGUACAGCCAUAUAAUUCUCUUCUGACGCUAAAGAGACUGACCCAGAAUGCAGACUGUGUGGUUGUGCUGGACAACACGGCUUUGAACCGAAUCGCCACAGACCGACUGCACAUUCAAAACCCUUCAUUCUCUCAGAUCAACCAACUGGUGUCCACCAUAAUGUCAGCAAGCACAACAACCCUCCGUUACCCUGGAUACAUGAACAAUGACCUGAUUGGACUGAUUGCAUCCCUCAUCCCCACUCCUCGCCUCCACUUCCUCAUGACUGGAUACACACCGCUGACCACCGAUCAGUCUGUGGCAAGCGUGAGGAAGACUACAGUUCUGGAUGUGAUGAGGAGGCUCCUGCAGCCUAAAAAUGUCAUGGUGUCCACAGGCCGAGACCGUCAGACCAACCACUGCUACAUCGCCAUCCUCAACAUCAUCCAGGGAGAGGUGGACCCCACACAGGUCCAUAAGAGUCUCCAGAGAAUCAGGGAGAGGAAGUUGGCUAAUUUCAUCCCAUGGGGUCCUGCUAGUAUCCAGGUUGCACUGUCCCGCAGAUCUCCCUACCUGCCCUCAGCUCACCGCGUCAGUGGACUUAUGAUGGCCAAUCACACCAGCAUCUCUUCAUUGUUUGAGCGCACGUGUCGUCAGUAUGAUAAGCUGAGGAAGAGGGAGGCCUUCCUCGAGCAGUUCAGGAAGGAGGACAUAUUCAAGGACAACUUUGAUGAGCUGGAUAACUCUCGAGAAGUGGUUCAGCAGCUGGUGGACGAGUACAGCGCCGCCACACGUCCCGACUACAUCUCCUGGGGCACACAAGAGCAGUGAAACCUCUUUCACAACUCCGAAACUCAUCCUGUAAAAUAUGCACACCAACUCCAGUAGAACAGAAUAACAGUAGUGGAAAAAAGGCUCUGAUCUAAAUCUUUCAUGGCUCAUCAGUCACACUGUACCUCCAGAGCCUCACUCGUGUGUAUGUGUAUAAACAAGUGAUUUGUCAUAUUUACAAGACUAUAGAAGAGUUCUUCAUGACCUGGUGCCUCUAUCCUGAGCUAUAACUUUCACUUUUGUCUCAGUUUCUCUCUCUCUCUCUCUCUCUCUCUCUCAUGGAUUUCCUGCGUUUCUUUUGAUCAGAGAAUUUAUGGCUCCGUCUUAAUCUAUUUUUGUACUGCACUUUGCACUCUUCAGCACGAAAUCUACAUCAAUCGACGUCAAGGUGGCCUGUGCACAAACUUCUCUGACCACACACACACACACACACACACACUGGACGUCUGCACCGAUAAGACUGGGUGGUCUCAGAAUGAAUGUAACCGUAGGAGGGAGUGUGAAAGAUUAAGCCUCUUAGAAAAGAUCAGACUUCUGAAUGCUCCGUCAAACUCCCUCACAUUCACACUUGCAUGCUUUUAGACAAAAGGCGCUGGCUUUCAGGGGAUAAGACUAUGAUUGUGCGAUUGAAGCCGCUUUUUCUCUUGGUCUCGUAGUCAUGGAUUUUUCUAGAAGGUUAUCUUAAGAGUUUUGAGAGGCGAUCAGUGAAGUCAAGUGUUAUGCUGUACCUCAAGCCAUCCAAUCGGUGAUGUUUUUUCUCUAGUCUAUAGAAUCAAUGAUGUUACAGUACCUCAACGUCUGGCAGACUCAGUCAUACAGCACAGUCCCAACACAUCGCCUUCAUCUACUUCUGCUCCAGAAGCUGAACCUUCACGUGCCAGAUGACUUUCCCUCUGUUUUGUCUCUCUCUCUCUUCAGUUGCCACAUUGUUAUUAUUAAGGUUAUACUCUGUAUAUAGUUUGCUGUCGGAUUUGAUGCAUUUACUGAAUAAAUGUUUUUGUACAA